AUGCUAGUUUCAUCAGAAACCAUGCAGCCCCUUCAAUUUUCAAACAAGACACACAACAACAAAUUGUACAUACCUUCCCUUGGCCUCACUCUUGUGCUGCUGAUCUCCUUGGCCUCUCCCGCAAGUUCCUACACGGAGCAGGAGAAGACCUCCCUUCUCCAGUUCCUCACCGAGCUCUCAUGGAACGGUGGUCUUGCCGCCUCAUGGUGGAACAACACGAAUUGCUGCAAGUGGGAAGGGAUCACCUGCAGGCAAGAUAGGAUGGUUGCCAAAGUCAUGCUUGCUUCAAAAGGCCUAGAGGGGCACAUCUUGGAGUGCCUUGGAAACCUCACCAGGCUGCAGUAUCUUAACCUCUCUCACAACUCGCUGUCUGGUGGUCUGCCGCUGGAAUUGGUGUCGUCCAGCAGCAUCACCGUCCUUGAUGUCAGCUUUAACCAGCUUAAUGGAACACUCCACGAGUUGCCAUCUUCAACCCCUGCUCAACCCCUACAGGUACUGAACAUCUCAAGCAACCUAUUUGCAGGACAGUUUCCAUCCACCACAUGGAAAGCAAUGGAGAAUCUGAUAGCACUCAACGCAAGUAAUAACAGCUUUACAGGGCAGAUACCAACUCAUUUCUGUAGCAGUUCACCAUCCCUCGCUGUGCUAAAUCUGUGUUUCAAAAAAUUCAGUGGCAACAUCCCGCAGAAACUUGGUAAUUGCUCCAAGCUGAGAGAGCUCAGGGCCGGCUACAACAAUCUCAGUGGAACACUUCCAGAUGAACUCUUCAAUACUGCCACACUAGAGCACCUGUCUUUUCGUAACAAUGAUUUACAUGGAGCUAUUGAUAGUACACGCAUAACCAACCUCAAAAAUCUUGUAACUCUUGAUCUUGGAGGGAACAGAUUCGGUGGAAAGAUUCCAGAUUCGAUAGGCCAGCUCAAGAAGUUGGAGGAGUUCCAUUUGGACAACAACAAAUUCUCAGGGGAGUUGCCAUCAGCUCUAAGCAACUACACGAAUCUCGUAGCAAUUGAUCUCAAGAAAAACAAUUUCAGUGGACAGCUCGCCAAGGUCAAUUUCUCCAACCUGCCAAAUCUAAAGACAUUAGAUGUUUACUUCAACAGCUUCACCGGCACAGUUCCAGAAAGCAUAUACUCUUGCAGCAAUCUGACUGCACUGCGGGUAUCUACCAACAAAUUAACAGGGCAACUUUCACCAAGAUUAAUUGAUCUGAAGUACCUCACCUUCCUAUCACUUACCACAAACUCCUUCAUAAAUAUUGCAAAUGCACUUCACAUCCUUUAGAGCUGCAGGAACCUUACCACUCUACUUAUCGGCAGUAACUUCAAGGGAGAGCUCAUGCCAGAUGACAACACAAUUGAUGGUUUCGAGAAUCUUCACGUUUUGGACAUCGGAAGUUGUAAAUCAUUUGGAGGAAUACCUCUUUGGAUAUCAAAUCUUCAAAAACUAGAGGUUUCUUGCACAGAGAAAGAGAAGGGGUCCCUCCUGCAGUUCCUCAGUGGUCUGUCGUCGGACGGUGGCCUCACCGCGUCCUGGAAGCAGAACGGCGCAGACUGCUGCGAAUGGGAAGGGGUCACCUGUGGCGAGGAUGGGGCAGUCACAGAUGUCUCAUUGGCUUUGAAGGGCCUUGAGGGGCGCAUAACACCGUCCCUCGGUAACCUUGCUGGCCUUCUGCGCCUCAACCUGUCCCACAAUUCGCUGUCGGGUGGCCUGCCACUGGAACUGGUGUCGUCCGGUAGCAUCAUCGUCCUUGAUGUCAGCUUCAACCGCCUCAGAGGAGACAUGCAAGAGCUGCCAUCUUCAACCCCAUCACGACCUCUUCAGGUACUGAACAUCUCAAGCAACUUGUUCACAGGACGGUUUCCAUCAUCCACCACCUGGGAGGUGAUGGACGAUCUGGUUGUGCUCAACGCUAGCAAUAACAGCUUCACUGGGCAAAUACCGGAUAAUUUCUGCAGCAGCUCGUCAUUGUUAGCUGUAGUUGAGCUCUGUUACAACCAAUUUACAGGUGUCAUCCCUCCUGGACUUGGUAACUGCUCCAUGCUCAGAGUGCUCAAGGCUGGACACAACAACCUCCGCGGGACUCUCCCAAAUGAACUCUUUGAUGCUUCCUUACUGGAAUACCUCUCACUUCCUAGCAAUGUUCUGGAUGGAGUGCUCGACGGUGCUCAGAUAAUCAAGCUCAGCAAUCUGGUUACGCUAGACCUUGGAAGGAAUAAUUUCAGCGGCAAGAUUCCGGAUUCCAUAGGUGAGCUCGAGAGCCUAGAAGAGUUGCAUUUGGACUACAACAACAUGUCAGGGGAGCUGCCGUCAGCCCUGAGUAACUGCACAAAUCUGAUAACAAUUAACUUCAAGAGCAACAACCUCAGUGGAGAACUUAGCAAGGUCAACUUCUCCACCCUGCCUAGGCUGAAAACUCUAGAUAUUCUGUACAACAACUUUAAUGGCAGAGUUCCAGAAAGUUUGUAUACCUGCAGCAAUCUGGCUGCAUUGCGGCUAUCUGGCAACAACUUACAUGGGCAGCUCUCACCAAGAAUAGGUGAUCUGAAGCACCUCACCUUCCUUUCACUUGCUAUGAACUCUUUCACAAACAUCACAAAUGCACUUCACAUUCUUCAGAGGUGCACCAACCUUACCACCCUACUUAUGGGAAGCAGCUUCAGGGGCGAAUUAAUGCCAGAGGAUGGCUUCAUUGAUGGUUUUGAGAAUCUCCAGGUUCUUUCCUUAAAUGAUUGCUCGUUCCUAGGUAAAAUACCUCUUUGGAUAUCCAAGCUAGCAAAACUAGAGAUGUUGAUACUAUCAGGAAAUCAACUCACCGGAUCAACACCAGCCUGGAUCGAAGGCCUAAAGCACCUCUUCUAUCUAGACAUAUCAAACAACAGCCUCACUGGAGAAAUUCCAAGAAGCCUGAUGGAUAUGCAAAUGUUGCAGUCAGAGAAGACUAAAGCCCGUUUAGACCCAAGGAUCUUCGAACUACCAGUUUAUAGGGGUCCAUCACUUCAGUACCGCAUACCCAUUGCUUUCGCCAAAGUGCUGGAUCUAAGCAACAAUAAAUUAACUGGUGAGAUCCCUUCGGAGAUCGGCCAGCUGAAAUCCCUUCUUUCCCUCAAUUUGAGCUUCAAUGCCCUAACAGGACAGAUCCCAAUAUCUGUAUGCAAUCUCACAAACCUGCAGGUACUAGACUUCUCUAGCAACAAUCUCAUUGGUGCAAUCCCAGAUGCAUUGAACAGACUGAACUUCCUUUCAGCAUUCAACAUUUCUUACAAUGACCUAGAAGGUCCUAUCCCAUCCGGAGGUCAGUUUAACACAUUCCAAAAUUCUAGCUUCGAUGGGAAUCCAAAGCUCUGUGGCUCUAUGCUCACUCACAAAUGUGGUCCAGCUUCAACACGUCCACCCACCGCUAUGGCAACCAAACAAACUGACUACAAGGCCGCCUUCGCGAUUGCCUUCAGCACGUUCUUUGGUGUAGGGGUGUUGUAUGAUCAGCUAGUAUUAUCAAGGUUUUUUGGCUAGGACCAUCCAGUUUCCAUAUCAGUAUAUCUCUACUUCUUUGAGAUUAGGCUGCUAUCCAGUUCAGCAAAAUGUCCAUCGAUCAAGCUUCCAGAAGGUUCGAGUCAUAACUAAAGUUACAAAAGUAUUCUAGUGUGAAGCGUGAUUCCAUCUCGUGGAGAUUCACAAGUAUAUAACAAUGUAAGAUUGUUGGCUGAAGCUUUCUGUACUAGUAACCCAUCCCAUAUUGUUGAUGUUCCCUGUAUUUCCUUCUUCUUUCAGGAAAACGAAUUCUGUACUGAAACUUCAAUUUUUCACAGUUUACUUUGCUUCAUGCGAAAUCAGUAUACUACCACACUAAACGAGAUGAACUGAUUGUAGUAUGGUGCAUACGACGAGUC